AGGGAGGGAGGAGAAGGUUCGCAGGAGGCGGGGAGAGUCGGCCGCCCGGGUCGCUACACUGUAACAAAGCGGCGCCUCGCUACACGCUGCCUGGAUACAGCGGAGCGCGGGAACCCGCACCGGGACACAGACCGGGGACAUGAAGCAGAGAGCGGGUUCUGACGAGUGAAGUGGGAGGAAAAGAGCUGGCCGGGGCUAUGGGAUGGAUGACGCAGAACAGAAGGAGUACGUGUGUCAGCUGAGGCAGGUGUUUGGCCAGUGUGACAGCACAGGGUUGGGAUACCUGGAUCGUGACGGGCUGACGGACCUGUGCCAGAGACUACACCUGGACACCCAGCUCCCUGUGCUGCUGCAGACCCUCCUGGGCAGCAGCCCCCACACCAGGGUGAAUUUUGAGGAGUUUAAAGAAGGUUUUGUUGGUGUUUUAUCUGCCGGCAUCGAUCUCAGUACUUCCGAAGAUGACAGCAGUUAUUUCAAGCCAGCGAUUCCGGAGGAGGUUGAGCCAAGGUUGGUCAGGGGAGGGAAGCGAUACGGCCGGCGCUCUGUGCCAGAGCCCCCUGACUCGGAGGCCGAGGCGAGUGGAGAUCUGGAGGAGCCGUUUCACCUGCAGACCGAGCCCACCGCGCAGAUUGCCAAGGGGGGUCCACUGAGGCUCUCAACGUCUCUGGAAAGUGUCGAGAGCCUCAAGUCUGAUGAAGAACUCGAUCUCCAUCAAGAAUCCCCUCUGGAGACCUUCGAAGCACUGGGUCAGCUGGGCAGUGGCCGUCCCGGUGGCUUUGGCUGCCGAUGGCCGGACCCUGGGGCCGAGGCCACUGAGGGCCACGUGCAGGCCCUGUGGGAGGAGCUGGGUGUGGCCCAGAGUGGCUAUCUCCAUCGAGAAGAACUGGUGACGGUCUGCAAUAACAUUGGUCUGACGUACCUCAGUGACCAGGAAGUUGACAGUCUGUUCAGGAAGCUGGACAAAGAUGGCGAUGAGAGAGUGAGUCACAGGGAAUUCCUUCUGGGCUUGCUGCGACACGGACCCCUCGCUUCUACCCCCAUGAAUCGACGGCAGCUGGCAGCUACCCCGGCCCUGGCAUCCAGCUGGUCCCAGCUGUUCUCACCGCUGGACGAUGGCUCUGGCUACGCAUCACCUGAACAAAUCAUCAACAUGUGGCAGAGGGAUGGAAUUAAAAACAGUCGUGAGAUACUACAGUGCUUGGAUUUCAGUGUGGAGGAGAAGGUGGGCCUUGCGGAGUUGACCACUGCGCUGGAGAAUGAGAUGAUGUGCAGCAGGAACGGGAUUCAUCGGGCAGCGUUAACCAGCUACCGGAAUGAAAUCGACCACCUUCAGUGGCAAGUCCAGCAGGUGCAGAGUGAGAGGGAUAAACUGCGAGUGGACUUGGAGCGAGCGGAGAAACGCAACGCACAGCUGGGCAAGGAGGUUGACGAUCGACAGGCUGCCAUGGAGCUGCUCAACGACACCAAAAUCAGGCACCUGGACCAAGGCUACAGGGAGAAGAUGGUGGCGUUCAGAGGCCAGAUGGACGAGGCUCAGGAGCUGAUGGUUCAGCAGGUGACCCAGCAACAGAAGGAGCUGGAACAGGAGCUUGAGUCUGUCCGGUCGGAGGAAACGUCCUCCCGCGAGAAGCUCACCCUGACCAUGAAGGAGAACAGGCGGCUGCAGACAGAGUUGAUGGAAGCGGUGGAGAAGUUGGCGGAAUCUGAGAGAUUGAUUGCCAGGUUACAGACGGACCUCGACUACAUGCUUAAAGAUAAACUCGGAGUGGUGGAUAAUUCACACAUCGAGCUCUUUGGGCAAGAGGAUCGAUUCGCCGAGAUUAUCCUGGCGUACGAGCAGAAAUGCAGGAGGGUGAAGGAGUUGUGUGACCAGAACGACGAGCUGCGGUCUGAGGUGGAAGUGCUGCGCUCGCAGCUGCAGGUCAGGAAGCUGCGACCGGCAGUCGGUCACCACUGGAGCUCCGGCUGCCGUCCAGGCACCGAGCGGCCCAGCGUCAACGCCCUGCAUCCCGAUAAGGAAUUGCCGGAAGAGUGGUGUGGCAACGUGAGCAUUGAAAUGGAGAUUGCGAUGGAACAACAGAGGGUGCAGUGGCAGCAGGAGGUGCAGGACCUGAGGAGACAGGUGGAAACAAAGGUAAAUUAUUACGAGGGAGAAAUGGAACUGAUGAAGAGGAACUUUGAGAAGGAGCGGAAGAUUGAGGAGGAGCGGUUUAAGCUGGAAAUGAGUGAGCUGGAGGAGGAGAAGCUGGUCGGGAGUCGGGAGGUGGAGCGGCUGCAAGGAGUCGUGAGCCAGCUCCGUGUUCAUCGGCCCGGAGCGGACACCGAGCGGGAAGAGCGGGCAGAGGACGCGGGGGUCGGAGUGGACGAGGCUGGAGAGCAGGGGAAGGAGGCCGGAGGAUCGGAGGGACAGGGGGAGAGGAAGGCAGCGAGCCGGACCUGGGCCCUGGAGGAGGUGUCGCUGCAAGAAGGGGGGGAGUGGCAGCGAGCCCUGGUCCUGGAGGGGCUGCAGAUGCAGCUGAAGCAGUUGCAGGAUAAACUGCAACAGCAGACGGAGCUGAGGCUCACGCAUCAGCAGGAGCUGCAGCGACUCAGAUAUGAGUGUGAAAUGCUUGCUGAAGAGAACUCUUCCUUGAAAAGGAAAGUGGCAAUGUUUCGUCGGGAUUUCCAGGACCAGGAGGGAAAAGUGAAUGAACACAGGAAACAAGCGGCUUGGCUGGAAGAUGAAAGGGAGAACAGGCAGAGAGAAUUCAAGGAACUUCAAAACCAGAAUGAAGAGUACACGACUGAGAUCGCUCAACUCAACGCCAAAACCCUGCAGCUGACUAACCAGAACUCCCAGUGGUAUGUGAGGGUGGAGACCAGUCAGAGCACCGUACAGCUGCUCAACGAGAGGCUGGCAGAACUGGGGCAGCAGAAGGAGGAGAUGGCCAGAGUGUGCAGGCAGCUGCAAGAGGCCUGCAGCAACUCUGAAAAGGAACAUUUCCAGCAGCAGUCCACGUGGGAACGGGAGAGGGGCCUCGUGCAAAAAGAAUUGCAGGAGUCUCAGGAGAAGAUACAGAACCUGGAAUUGAGUCUGGAGAGUUUGAAGCUGGAACUCCUGAAAAAGCAACAGGAUAACUUCUCCCUGGAGCAGGAGGUGGGAUCAGUCACAAAUGACAAGGUCACCCAAGUACAGAAACUGGGAACUGAACUAGAGUGGAUAAAACAGGAAUAUCAGACUUUACAAAAUAAACACGUGCAGUUGGAGUCCAGCUUGAUGGAGUCUCAGGAACAGCUGUCGGACGCCAACAACAAAUUAAUGCAAGCCCAGUCUCAGCACUUGCAGGAGAUACGGGAGUUGCAGGAGCAAGUUAACAAUGGUGUGCCCAAAAUCCAACUGGCACAAUUUCAAAUGACGAUGGCAGAGGGGGAGCAUAGAGCGCGGCGACUGCAGGAAGAGUUGCGUAUCCAGCGAGAGGAGGCCAAUGGCUUGUUGUGCGCACAGCAGAAGGAGUACGAGAGGCUUCUAAAGGGAAUGGAAGAGAGGAUGGAAGAGGUGGAGCAGAAACUGAAAAGUGUACGAAUGAUGCUGGAGGAGAAAAUGAACCAGCUGAAGGAACAGUUUGCCAAGAAUGCCAAGUCUGACCUGUUGCUGAAGGACCUAUAUGUGGAGAAUGCUCAGCUGAUGAAAGCACUACAGAUUACAGAGCAGCGGCAGAAAGGUGCAGAGAAGAAGAACUACUUGCUGGAUGAAAAGAUUGCAGCUUUGAACAGCCUGCUGAGGAAGAUUGCUCCAGCCUCACUCUGAGUGUUCCAGCCCCAACAGCAUAGAAUUAGAGCUGUACGGCAGGGAACAGGCCCAUCAGCCCACCUUGUCCAUGCUGGCACAUGGACAUACUGGGCUAGUCCCAUUUGCCUGCAUUUGGCAGGUACCUAGGUACGGUGACAUUCCAAUUUUGGCAUAUGAAUCAGUAAAAAUCUUACUAUGUGCAGGCACAAUCAUACUGGAAUGCAAGAGUGUAGGAAUAGAUUACUCUGAGGCUGUACACAAGAGUCGCCAUGUUUCUGGUGCCAUCCAGUAACCUUCAAGGUCACAGUUGUUGACAAAUGUAGAGUCUUAACUUGGCCUUAAAGGGCUGUUGUCCUGGUGGCGGCACUAGGUUACGGGGGGGUCAGCCUGGCCAGGUUGUCUAUGUCCUCCUCCGUUGCUCUGGGCCGUGCCUCGGCCUCUGGGAGCAGCACCGAUCCAAUCGAACCUCAGGUCACUCCACAUCACUCCGAAACUGUGCCCCGGGCGCCUACCGCAGCCAACCACGGAUACCCCAGAGCAAGAGCACAGGAGGCAAGCUCACAGGCACCAUUCCUUUCCUCCAUCUAACACUUCCUGUCCAAACGUCGUAAUUAUAUCCGGUUCUAUAGCUUCCCCCGACAGCUCAUUCCAGAUGCAGACCAACUUGGUCAGCAUGGACAAGGUGGGCCGAAGGGCCUGUAUCGGUGCUGUACAGCACUACAACCCAAUUCAGUAUUUUCCAAUAUCAACAGGGAACACAAGUCCUUAAAAUAUAUUUGUGAACCUCAUGUCACUGUCCCCAGCGCAGAAACCCCCCAGGUUGGAUGCAAGCUGAAGAAGAUCCCUCUUCUGCUGCCAUUUUAAACUUUAAUGCAGUUAUUCUCUGGAAAAUAACAUUGCAGAACUUAAUUACUUCUCUCAAUGUCACUGCAAAUUGAACAGUUAUGUAACAGGUACAAUUGUGCAGUUAUUUGUAGAUGCCAAUUCUGUUGUACAGAAAUGUUUGUGAUUUUCAGACAUUUUAUAAAAUUCCAAGAAUGUAAACUAUUUAAAAUUAUUUGGAUUAAAAUGUACUGUUUAUUUAAAGCUAUAA